UCGACACGCUCCGUGCAGUGUAGUGCAGUGCAGCGUCUUGUUUGCGCGCCGUUGCCAAUCGGCUGCUGCAGGUCCCGUAUCGCGACGUUAGACGCAGAUAAGCGAACCGAGUGCCUCUGCCAGCCCAACUUCCCCAACACCACACCCACGCCCACACGCCCACACACAACACAACAUGGCCGCCGAGCCCGCCGAAUCCGCGAAUCCGCCAGCUGCGGCGUCGUCGUCGUCGUCGUCGUCGCCUGGGCGAGGAUCCCGCCACAGCUCGCCCGCCGACAGCCAGCCCAUCCGCGCAAGCUCCACGGCGAGGUUGUCGUCGCCCAUUCCCUCCCUGCCCACUGGCACCCCUACCGUCCGCCAGAUUCCCACGCCCGCCCAGACAGCUGCCUCGUCCUCGGCUGCCUCGCCCCUGCCUGGACGCGCAGACCCGCAGUCGUCGCUGCCUGGGCCCUCCGAGUCGAAUCUCUCGUCGGCGCUGCGCGAGUCACUGGGCAACUCUCCUCCACGCUUCGGCACGCCGCCCAUACACCCUCUCUCGCCCGCCCAGGAAGCGCCUCCUCGCGGCCCGCCCAGCCACUAUGGCUCCUUUGACGGCCGCGGCCGCUCGCCCGUCCCCUACGAAGACCCCGAGAUUGUGCGUCGCCAUCUCGUAGGACACUAUGCCUCGCCCAGCAGGUCCAACCGCGGAUACAUUGGCAACGACGAUGCCCAGUCGACGGGCAGGAAACCCGAGGACGACGAGGAGGAGUUCUCGAGUCUGCAGCUGCAGGGCGGUGACAUCACGCGCCAGAUCUACAGGUGGAGCGAGCAGCAGCACGCCGAGGAGCAGCGCAGGAUGCAGCGCAGCAAGAGCUUCCACGGGCCGCGUCCCAAGCCAGAAGACGAAGCGCUCGACAUUGACUCGAUCCGGCAGCCGGGCGGCUUCCGCCGCAACUACAUACGCAGAGCCGUCGCUAGUCCGUCGCCCGCGCCCGGCCCGCAUGGCUAUGGCACGGUCCAGUCUCGGCCGCCGCCCGUCUUUACCAGCAACUUCCUCGAGUUUCUGACCCUGUACGGCCACUUUGCCGGAGAGUCGCUCGAAGAGGACGACGAGGUCCUGGGCCCUGACGAGUACUUUUCGUCGGAUGCCUUGGACUCGGGCGCGCAGAGUGAGGACGAAGACCGAGAGUAUGGCGAGUCGAGUGCGCUGCUUACGCCUGGCAAGCGCAGGAGACGCAAGCCAAAGAAGACGGGCACAGGCACGCCAACAGGCGCGGCUCUGCUGCUCCUCAAGUCGUUUGUCGGCACGGGCGUGCUCUUCCUGCCGCGAGCCUUCCUCAACGGCGGCAUGCUCUUCUCCAACCUUGUCCUUCUUGCUGUGGCCGGCCUUUCGUACACGUGCUUUGUCUUGCUCGUCUCCACGCGCCUCGUCGUCGAGCACUCGUUUGGCGACAUGGGCUUCCAUCUCUACGGAAACUGGAUGCGCAACAUGAUCAACACUUCGCUCGUCGUCUCGCAAAUUGGCUUCUCGUCGGCCUACAUUGUCUUUGUGUCGGAGAACCUGCAAGCGUUUGUGCUCGCAGUGUCCAACUGCAAGACGUUCAUCGACAUCAAGUACAUGAUUUUGAUGCAGAUGGCCAUCUUCCUGCCCCUGUCGCUCUACCGCAAUAUCAAUCACAUCCAAAAGCUGGCUUUGGUGGCAGAUCUCUUCAUUCUCAUGGGUCUGGUCUACCUGUACUACUUUGAUCUCUUCACCAUUGUCGACCAGGGCGGCGUUUCUGACAUUGCCAACUUCAACGCCAAGGACUGGACUCUGUUCAUCGGCACUGCCAUCUUCACCUUUGAAGGCAUUGGUCUCAUCAUCCCCAUUCAGACCGGAAUGAAGGAGCCGAAAAAGUUCCCCAAGGUCCUGGGAGGCGUCAUGAUCAUCAUCACGGUCGUGUUCCUCAGCGCCGGCGCCCUGUCGUACGCAGCCUUUGGAUCCAAGACCAAGACAGUCGUGCUCCUCAACAUGCCCCAAGACAACAAGUUUGUCAACGGCGUCCAGUUCAUCUACUCUCUCGCCAUCUUGCUCUCGACGCCCCUGCAAAUCUAUCCCGCCAUUGAAAUCACCAGCCAGCAGCUCUUCAGCCGAACCGGCAAAUACAACCCUUACGUCAAGUGGAAGAAGAACUUUUUCCGCUUCUUCAUGGUCCUCAUCUGCGCCACGCUCGCCUGGGCCGGUGCCGGUGACCUCGACAAGUUUGUCAGUCUCGUGGGAAGUUUUGCUUGUAUCCCGCUCGUCUUCAUCUACCCUCCCAUGCUUCACUACCGCGCUGUUGCUCGCACCACAGCCCUGCGUGCCAUGGACGUACUCCUAUGCAUCGUCGGCGCAAUCGGCAUGGUAUACACGACUACCCUUACUAUCAACAGCUGGAUCCAAGGCAGUACUCCCAAGACACCAGGUUACUGCGAUAACCGGUAGUCCAUCGUCUCGACGCUUUAAAUCAUUACUUCCCCUCGUUGUUGUUGCUUUUUUUUGGUUUGUUCUGAUCCUCAUAAUGUUAGCAUUUCAGCGAUGGGAAACUUUUUGCAUGAUUUUCCUUUUAUCUACUUGGAUGGAAUUGGGCCAUAUAUAUGAAAUUUGAUCACACACACACACAUACACACACCCUACCUCACCAUAUCAUCGUCAUCAUCGUUGUUG